AUGGCGCUUCCCCUUUCCCGAGAGCCAGAAAGAAGUAAGUUGAGGGCGACGGCGCCCGCCCGCCGCCUCCCGCCCCGCCGCCUCCCGCCCCGCCGCGGACGGCGCCCCCGCAGGGUCUCGGCCGGGUGGGGGGCCCGCACUUCGCUUUCUCGUCCGCCCCGCCGCCCGCUCGGGGGGCGCCGCUCAGCUCGCCGGGGGAGCCGGGACCCGAACCCCGCCGGACCCGCCGAGACCCCCGCCCGGGCCUCCCGCGACCCUGAGCCCCACGGGCCCCCUGAGCGCCCUGCCGCCACCGAGCUGUCAAAGCCGCUGGGCCCGAAGGGCGCCCCGCCGGGAGUAGAGGCCGGGGAGGGGGUCCCGGGGGCGGCCGGUAGCCCCGAGUCCCCACAACUUUCUUGCCCCCGCCCCCCACUCCCUUGGGGCCGCGUGGGAAGUCGCCCAGCGCCGCCCGCCCCUCCCCCACCGCCCCGCACCCCCAAAGCGCGGGUCCCUGUGGCGCCCCAGCCUGGAGGCGGCAGGAGGGACUCGGGGCUGGGGGGUAGCACCCCACGCCUGUGGGACCCCGAGGGUGCCGCCCCCCGUGCCCCUGAUCCCCUGUACCUGCUGGUGCCCCUACACCCCCUGCAUCCACCAGUACCCCCAGGGCCUCUGCACCCCCAGGGCCCUCUGCACCCCCAGCACCCCCAGGGCCUCUGCACCCCCAGGGCCUCUGCAUCUCCAGCACCCCAGGGCCUCUGCACCCCCAGUACCCCCAUGGCCUCUACACCCCCAGGCCCUCAGCACCCCCAGUACCCCCAGGCCCUCUGCACCCCCAGUACCCCCAGGGUCUCUGCACCCCCAGUACCCCCAGAGCCUCUGCACCCCCAGUACCCCCAGGCCCUCUGCACCCCCAGUACCCCCAGGGUCUCUGCACCCCCAGUACCCCCAGAGCCUCUGCACCCCCAGUACCCCCAGGGCCUCUGCACCCCCAGUACCCCCAGGGCCUCUGCACGCCCAGUACCCCCAGGGUCUCUGCACCCCCAGUGCCCCCAGGGCCUCUGCACGCCCAGUACCCCCAGGGUCUCUGCACCCCCAGUACCCCCAGGGUCUCUGCACCCCCAGUACCCCCAGAGCCUCUGCACCCCCAGUACCCCCAGGGUCUCUGCACCCCCAGUACCCCCAGGGCCUCUGCACGCCCAGUACCCCCAGGGUCUCUGCACCCCCAGUACCCCCAGGGCCUCUGCACCCCCAGUGCCCCCAGGGCCUCUGCACGCCCAGUACCCCCAGGGUCUCUGCACCCCCAGUACCCCCAGGGUCUCUGCAUCCCCAGUACCCCCAGGGCCUCUGCACCCCCAGUGCUCCCAGGGCCUCUGCACCCCCAGUGCCCCCAGGGCCUCUGCACCCCCAGUACCCCCAGGGCCUCUGCACCCCCAGUGCUCCCAGGGCCUCUGCACCCCCAGUGCCCCCAGGGCCUCUGCAUUCCCCGCACCCCCAGGGCCCCCAGUCCUGCCGCCUGGCGCCGCGCAGCCUGGGGGUUUGCUCUUCUGA